ACAUUCAAAUACAUCACCUUUACAUGUACCAAAUCUGAGCAAGCUACACCAGCGUCUUCAUCAAUUGAGUAAAUUGUUAAAUCCAUUGAUCCUACAAUGGAGUCUUAUAUGGAUGCUGCCUUAGAUCAACAUAUGAGCAAAGUUGAAGCUUGCUUAAAAAUAUGCUUCUUUUUCUUUUAUUCACUCACCUUUUCUAAUCAUGACAGAAGGAAGAGUAUUUUGUAGUUCAAAAUUUUGCAUCUUGUCUUAGAAGACUAAAAAUAUUCUUAUUUUUUUGAAAUAUAAUAAUAUUGGGAAAAUUAAUAAACUUACUAUAAUUAACUUAAAUUGGAGAUAUAAAUAAUAUUUAAAGGCAUAUAGAAAUCCUUUUGUUGGAACAUGGUAUUAUAGUAUUAUUACUCCUAUUGUAACAGGUUCAUUUUGUUUUUGUCUGUGUUGUUCCUCUGCUUUCUUUCAAAAGGAGACACACAACAUCACCACACCCUGCACCAACCCAACUCUGAAUCUCCAAGAACAUUGUUUUCUUCACUUGUUCCACACCUCCAAAAUCACUCUGAUAUACUCAAGCUUUCGCUUUUGGUAGCAAGAGCAGCAUGCAUGUUCUUUUCUCUGUGAAGAGACUCGCCUUCUCUGAUCCCUUUUUGCCACACAGAAGAAGACUUUUUUCAUGGUUCAGUUUAGGUGUUGUAGCUUCUCUUGUUUUGUUGUCCCUCUUCAUUCUUGGUAAAUCUCUCAGAGUUCCCAAAGUUGCCGUCUUUGUUCCACAACUAAACACUGUUGGUGCAAAUUCUUCGCUUGCUUCUUGCCCCUUCUUGCCUUUCAACACUAGCCACUCUUCUACCUCUGGGAGCAGCAGUUGUAACACUUCAAAGUCUGAUGAGUACAAAAAUUCCGUGAAGAUUAUUAAAGAGGGAAGUGCUGUAGUUGUGGAUGGAACAAAUGGUGUGAAUCAUGUAUUGGAUGAAACAAAGGUUGACAAGGGUUUGGAGAAUUAUAGUUUUUCUUCUUAUUUGUUGUCAGAGAGUAGUAACAAAGGAAAACAUGAAGGGGAUUUGGUAGGGAAAAAUAGUUCAAGGAAUGUAACUGUCACUCGUAAUGAAAAGAUGCAGGGUGGUUUACAUGAGGAAUGUGACAUUUUUCAUGGAAAGUGGAUAAGAGAUGAAUCAAAGCCAUAUUAUCCUUUAGGGUCUUGUCCACAUAUUGAUAGAGAUUUUAACUGCCACCUGAAUGGGAGGCCCGAUGCAGAAUAUGUAAAAUGGAGAUGGCAGCCAUAUGGGUGCAAUAUUCCAAGUUUGAAUGCAACCGAUUUUCUGGAGAGGUUGAGGGGACAGAGGCUGGUUUUUGUGGGGGAUUCAUUGAACAGGAACAUGUGGGAGUCACUCGUAUGCAUUCUCCGUGAAAGCAUCAGGAACAAGAAACGGGUAUUUGAAAUUUCGGGAAGAAGGGAAUUUAAGAAGAAAGGUGUCUAUUCUUUUAGAUUUGAGGAUUAUAAUUGUUCGGUGGAUUUUGUUGCUUCGCCAUUUAUUGUUCAAGAGUCAACUUUCAAGUCAAAAAAUGGAUCAUUUGAGACAUUAAGACUGGAUUUAAUGGACUGGACUACGACCAGGUAUCAAGAUGCUAAUAUCAUAGUCUUCAACACAGGGCAUUGGUGGACCCAUGAAAAAACAUCAAAAGGCGAAGAUUAUUAUCAGGAAGGAAACCAUGUACACGCAAGACUCAAGGUUCUGGAUGCAUACACCAGAGCCUUGACAACUUGGGCUAAAUGGGUUGACAGAAAAAUCAAUGCCAAUCAAACUCAGGUUUUCUUCCGAGGAUACUCAGUCACCCAUUUCUGGGGUGGCCAGUGGAAUUCAGGAGGACAGUGUCAUAAAGAAACUGAGCCAAUAUUUAAUGAAACUUACUUACAAAAGUAUCCUUCAAAAAUGAGGGCUCUAGAAAGUGUCAUUCAACAUAUGAAAACCCCAGUAGUGUAUAUGAAUACAAGUAGGCUUACAGAUUACAGAAAAGACGGCCAUCCUUCGGUAUACAGAAAGGAGUAUAAGAAAUCAAUGGAUCAGAACUCCACUGCACUAUUCGAAGACUGUAGCCAUUGGUGCUUGCCAGGGGUACCAGAUACUUGGAAUGAACUGCUAUAUGUUUCUCUCUUAAAAUAUGGAAGGGGAACUUGGAAAAGCUGAACAAAUUUCCUCAUAAUCAUUCCACUACCAGUUUCUUAUUCUUUUUGCAUAGUUAUAGUUGUAUUCAACAUAUGUAUGCUAUAAGUUUUUUGCUGCAUGCCUUUAGUGAUAGUUUGAUAAGAAUGAACAAGAUAGCGAGGGAAGGAAACACGAUAGUGGAUUGGCUUGCCAAUUCUUCCCAUGGUUCUGAGGUUCGAGACACUUUCUUAAGGUGUUCGUUUUCGAUAAAAAAGUAAAUGGAUUUUGUAUUCACGUAUGUAGUAUUUUCAGCACAAAUCAUAAUACUUGGAAUGGUACGAAAUUUUUAUGUUUUAUUUAGUUUUAUAUGAAUCUCUCUGAUACAUCAGUUAUAGAAAAUACAGGAUCAAAUUUGUGUAAAAGGAUAAUUUUUUUCUGAUGGUUUAGGAUUUGGGAUUCUACUUAUGAUACAAUGGCUAUUCUAUUUAAGACAAGAAGAAUCUCUCUCCCAUUGGCUAAUAGGUAUAGAUGAAAUUAAAUUCUCUUCCAAUUUCCUAAUGGGGUUUGAGAUUCUAUUAAUGGGACAAAAUGACAUUUCUUUUAAACAGUGUAUUCUCCUGACAUUUAAUUAUUAGUAGAAAAUAUACAAGGGAUAUGGUGAUGAAUGUCUUUCGUUCUUCCAAUUUUUAACUCUAUAUUUCAUGAACCAUUAACGAAAAAGGGUGGUAAGCAAAGUGUGUGUUGAGGUGAAAAACAAACACUCAAAUACUAGUGAUUGACUUCAUAUUAAUUUUAGCAAAUAAAAUUUCCACUUGUGAAUGUUGUUUUAUCCAGAGUUAAUCUCAGUAAAAUCAGAAAGUGGAGUGCAAAAGUGGCUUGGUAAUUUUUUACUUUUAACAACUUUUCUAGGAGGGUUUUGCAGCUUUUCUAACCAAUCAAGUUGUGCAGAAGAUAACCCUACCCUUUUAAGGAGCUAAAGCACUACUAAAAUUAUUUUAUUGCAUAUAAGGCCACACAACACAGCAAGCAUACACACUAAGAUACACAAGAAGGUUAGGGAAAGAGAGAGGAUUACAAGGUUAUAAUUACCUACAUACUCAUCUGCAGAACCUGAAGAGAGCCGGAUUCUAGUCAUCUGCAAAUUGAGUGUUGUGGACAACACAAGUUGGUAGCUAUAGCUUCUCAAAGAAAGAACAUCUUUGUUUAUUACAUUCUACUUGUAGAAGAAGAAGAAGAAGAAGAAGGACUAUAAUAGAGUCAAUACAUAGCCAUAAGGACCCCUUAAUGAGAGAGAGUCCAUUGCCUUUCUGUGACUUGCCGGUUUGCUUGGCUGCAGCCAGAGCUUCUCUGACCUAUGGAGAAUGCUUCUCUGCAUCAUGAGACUCAAAGAGAAUUAUGUUCCUCCAUAUAUACCCCUUUGUGGUUAAUGAUUAGAGAAGCCAAUGGCUAAGCAUAAGCAAACUGUAAGAGGUGCAGUGUGAAGGGUGAGGACCCUCUCACACAAUCCUCCAUGCUUCUUCAAGAGCCAUGGAUUGAUUUUUGCCAACAGAGCUCCAUGCUUAUACCAGAUAGAUUUGUUUGAAUUAUUUCUCCAAAGGGCUCUACAGAAGGCUAGUGGGGAAGUUAGUUUCUGACCAUUGCUUUAAAUAGCU